AUGGUCUCGAAAGGUUACUCUGGAGGUCACAAGGGGGAUUGGUGGUGGAAUGGCGAGGUCCAAGGAAAAGUAAAAGCCAAGAAAGCAGCGUACUUGAAACUGGUGGAGAGCAAGGAUGAAGAGGAGAAGAGGACGAAAAAGGAGUGGUAUAAGAGGGCCAAGAAAGAGGUGAAGUUAGCGGUUACGGCGGCUAAAAUGGCAUCAUUUGGACGUUUGUAUGAGGAACUUAGUGACAAGGGUGGAGAUAAGAAGUUGUAUAGGCUAGCCAAGGUGAGAGAAAGGAAAGCCCAUGACUUAGAUCAGGUGAAGUGCAUCAAAGAUGAGGAUGGCAGAGCAUAUCAAAAUGGGGAGGUCGAGGGGGCUAUGCGUAAGAUGUGCAGGGGAAAAGCGGCUGGGCUAGCUGAAAUUCGAGUAGAAUUUUGGAAGAGCGUGGCUAGAGCUGGCUUGGAAUGGCUCAUGGAGUUGUUUAACGCCAUCUUUAGGACGAAGAAAAUGCAUGAGGAAUGGAGGUGUAGUACGAUGAUUCCGGUGUAUAAGAACAAGGGAGAUAUCCAAAAUUGUAACAACUACAGGGGUAUCAAGCUGCUCAGCUACACUUUGAAAGUUUGGGAGAGUGGUGGAAGUGAGGGUGAGGAAGAGCGUGUCUAUUUUCGAAAACCACUUCGGAUUCAUGUCGGGACGUUCGACUAUGGAAGUCAUUCACCUUGUAAAGGCUGGUGGAGCAGUAUAGGGAGAGGAAGAGAGACUUACAUAUGGUGUUCAUUGAUCUAG